CCACAAGAUACGUACUUUACAUUCCUGCCACUUCCAUGUCUCCAAAUUACUUGGGGUAAGGUUGCCACACUUACUGUAGAAGUAACAAUCCCACUUUUCAAUCAGUUCACUUCUGCCUGUCCCUCUAUCUCUUUAUCACCAAUCUCCUACCUACUAAAGCUGAACUCCCUCAAUCUCAUUCACUUCCACCAAAAAACCAACCAACCCACCAAACCAUUCCAAAAACAACAUAUCCUCUCCAACUUUCUCCAACACAACACCAACCCAAAAAUGUCCAAACGCACCUUCCCCACACCCCCCGAAACCCAGCCAGGAUACCCAGCCUCAGACAGCGCAGCUCUCUACGGGGACCCAGAACUAUACGCCCGUCUCAACGCUCUCGUUGAGAAAUCCAGAGGACCUCGUAGCGAAAGCGAAAACGCAACAGCAGUCGGCGAAUUAGUACCAGUGGAGAAAUUCGAGAUCCCCAUCCGCAGCGGCAAAGCAUGGGUCGUUCGCAAAGGCAAGUUGACUCUCUACCUAUACCCUACCUACCCUACCUACCAUCCCACCCAUCCCCUUACCAAAUUUUAAACCAUUAUACUAUAAUAAAGUAUUCCAUAUCUCCCAGCUUAAUCUAAAUGAUUCAAUGGGAGAGCUCAACAAAACUAACACCACCCGGGACACCCAGGACAAAUCUGUACGCUUAGCACCCCAUAUGGACCCCAAGUGGGAGACCUCAACGUUUUCUCGCUGUCCAACCCCCGGGAACACUUCUGGCCAGCGAGGACUCGUCAACUUCAUGCUUCGCACCUGAAGAUCGGAGAUAGGUUGUGGUCGCAACUUCCCUAUCUCAGGCCUUUGUGCACGGUUGUGGGGGAUAGUUUGAAGAAUUAUGGAGUUGAUGAGAAAGGUGGGAGAGUGCAUGAUUUGCUUGGUACUAGGUGAGUUGAGUUUCGGUUCAUGAGAAGGGAAGCUAAUGAGAAUGGUGGCUUAGAUGUGACCCUUACGGUAUGUAUUUGAUGAAAGGUAGGAUGGGUUGCAGCUGAUGAGUGUACAGUCAACCGGUUACUCGCCAAUUCGUCUUUUGACUAUCACUGCCAAUCCAAUCUGGUUCGAGCGGUUAUCCCGUACGGACUGAAUGAAUCAGAUGUUCACGAUGUUCUGAAUGUCUUCCAGGUGACAGGCUUAGAUAAAGAUGGAAGAUAUUUCAUGUUCGUUCCCUCAUCAAUGUCUUAACUCACGUGAAGCUGAUUCAGGAACAGGAGCCCAUCCCCAGCGAAGCCCGGCGAUUACUUCUCCUUCUUUGCGGAAACUGAUCUCCUCUGUGCUCUUUCUGUUUGUCCAGGUAAGAUUCCCGCGCUUUGUUUACCACGUUUGAUCAAAAAUAUCGAUAUUCUUAAAGAAAUGCUUGGGGGUACCAGAGGUUAUAAGAAAUUAUGUUUCUUAUAUCGUCCAGAGGUUGGGCAACGGCCACGAUUGUCUGAGUGCAUUUGAAGUAAUGAAAUAGACAGCUACCCCCCGAGACUGGUGGAUUCCGUAGAACAAAACAAAAGUAGCUAACAAUUGAUUACAGGGGGAGACCUUUCGGUCUAUGGCUGGGGAGAGGAUGCUCAGAAGAGGAUGCUGGAUACUUGCAGACCACUUGGUGUCGAAGUCCACAGUAUCUCCAAUGAGACAAAGGACGAGGUAUUGAGGAGAUGGAAAGAGAGUGAAGUAGCAUUUGGAGAGACUGGAUACGCAGGCAUGCAUGGCUUGAAAGCACCAGUUUGGGGACAGUAAAAGGGGGGUUUCUUAUUUUUCGA